AUGAAAGUACAAAACAGCUUUGGUCGAACGAGAGUAACAGUAGACAGGCUUGAGGGGGAGGAAGCAGAUGACACCAACAAUCAAGCAUUCAUGUCUGCUAUUGCUUCGGCCACCAAAUCCAAUCCUCAUGCUAGGUGGCAGAUGACUUUAGGCCUCAUUAAACCGACUAUAUGCUCUUAUCAACCUGACGUGAGCACAAUCCUGAAAAGGAUCAAAAAGACGAAUCCAGAUGUACACAUCGUACGACAAAAGAGAUUGUUUUGGAAAACGGAAGAUGCCGAGCAGUUCUAUGCUGAACACAAAGGGAAGUUCUAUUAUGAUCGAUUGAUUGCAGGAAUGACCAGUGGACCAUCUAUCGCAUUAGCUUUGGCUGGUCCAAACGUUAUACAGGAUUGGCGAGCGAUGCUAGGCCCAACUAAAGCAUACAAAGCAAAAUGGGAACAGCCUGAUUGUUUACGUGCUAUUUACGGUCUUGGUGAUACACGAAAUGGUUUCCAUGGAUCAGAUUCGACUUCUUCUGCUACGAGAGAAUUAGGUCAAGUCUUUGAAGGAUUCGCAUUUGAAGCCUGGCUUGCGGAUCAGCAGUCACCAUCCCUUAGAACAGAAGAUGCCUAG